AUGAGUCUGCGGAAGCAAACCCCCAGUGACUUCUUAAAGCAAAUCAUUGGACGACCCGUUGUGGUAAAAUUAAAUUCUGGAGUGGAUUAUCGAGGGGUCCUGGCUUGCCUGGAUGGCUACAUGAACAUAGCCUUGGAGCAGACGGAAGAAUACGUAAAUGGACAACUCAAGAAUAAGUAUGGGGAUGCAUUUAUCCGUGGAAAUAACGUGUUGUACAUAAGCACACAGAAGAGAAGGAUGUGACGACACCAAGAGUACAAUACUUUUCAGACUCGGAUAUAUUUUUUAUGGGAUUUUGGU